AUGGAGAUUCGAAAAACUUAUUCAAACAUUUUUCAUAAUCGUGAUACAACCGAUGCGCGCGUCCAUAAAGUCUUGCAACAUGUCGAAAUGGCUUUACUUCCAAAAUUAUCACCAGAUAACUGCCGAAUUAUAGUAACUAGACUCAUCGAUUUCAACCCUGAUGGAAUAGUUUUUGAAGAUGUUCUUGGUGUAACUUCUAUGCUGUCUGAUGCAAAUCUUAUAACUUCUGAUGAUGUGACCAAAAAUUAUCUUGCAGAUGGAGAAAUUUUGAUUUAUGACUCAAAUGGAGUUACACCAAAACAUCUCUCAAAGUUGGGAUUUUCAUUGAUGAGAGGAUUCUUUCGAUACAUGAUUGAAGCACAUCCUAUGAGAAUAAAGCAGAUACAUAUAAUAAAUGUUUCAUCGCUGCUUGACAAAAUUAUAAUGUUGAUUAAACCAUUUAUCGGAUCUAAAGUUAUGAACAUUAUGCAAUUUCAUGCACCAGGUUCAGAAACAUUAUUCGAUUUCAUACCACGUGAAAUUCUACCUGUUGAGCUUAAUGGUAAUGACGAAAGCAUUGAAAUUUGUAAUAAAAAUUGGAUUAAACGAACAGAGGAUUGCAGAGAGUAUCUAUUGAAUGAUGAUAUUUGGACACUCAAAGAACCUGAUGAUUCAGAAAACAUGUCAUUUGAGGAUUCAUUCGCCUACAUGGGAUUUUGUUGAGAAAGUCUAUUAAAAUACUUAAUGAUUUGUGGCUCCACAUUUCUUGCUCUCAACUACUUUAUUUUUGG